CGAAGUAUGUAUGUACAUUGUUAAUUACUAACAAAAAAUGUCCUUAACACAUUUUUAAAAUCAUUAUUUCUACAUUCUUUCUUUAGGACGGAAUUAGUUUAACCGUUUCUCAAGGUUUUCACGCGGAUUCGCUAAAUAGGACAUCGUCCUCGUGUUAUGCACAUUUCAUUUUUUCUUUAGAGGAUCGUUACUUUAGUAGGCAGAACAUUACUUUUAACUUAACGUUGUACUAACUUUGAUUGAUUGAGAAAUAUGUCUGAUCAUUUAAAAUAUUGUAAUAUUAGUGAUUCAUCUGUUGAAAUCAAUACAGAAGAUUAUACUGACAUUAAUAUUGAAGAAAAGAAGGGUGAUGAGCUUCUCAUCGAAUUAUACAGAGAACGUACAUUUUUAUACGAUAAAAGUAAUAUUAACUUUAAAGAUUGUUUAAUGAAGCAAAAUGCUUGGCUUGAGAUAUCUAAAAUAAUGACUCAAAUUUGUGGUGACAUGUAUAAUCCUUCGUACUGCCAAAAAAGAUGUACCACAUUAAGAGACCAAUACAAUAGAGAAAAAAGAAAGAUUGAAAUUGAAUCCAAAAGUGGAAGUGGUGCUACUAAGGCUACUCGAUUUCUUUUUUUUGCGCAGUUAGCAUUUUUAGACCGUGUUAUUCAAAGACGCAGAAGCUACACUAAUUACGCAAAAUCUCAACCAUUUAUAGUUGAUGAAGGAAGUAACGAGUCACAAAGUACUGCA